CUAGCCUAAGUAGCAAUACUAUGACGACAACAAUAAGCAAGCAAGAACUACAACAACAGCAGCAGCAGCAUCAGGCCAUCACCAUCCGCAGCAGCUCGAUGACAGUCGCAGGAGGAGGAGCAGGACCAGGAGCAGCAGCAGGAGCGGCACCUCUUCCCUCUCAGUCACAAUUUGACACGCUCAACAACAACUACGGCAGCAGCCUCACUAACACCAAUACCAAUACGAACAUCAGCGAGACACCGCCACGUCGCUCCCUGCUCAACUUCAAGUCCCUGGACUUUCACAUCAAAUCCCUCUACAGCGGACUGCGCACCGGCAGCACAAGCCCCGGCAAUGCGAACAGCUCUCCGGGUGGUGUCCAGGUGUUAGCGGCGGACGGAGGCCAGCGACGGCUGCCGUAUUUGCGCAUCGAGAGCGUUGAUCCAGACGGAGAGCCGUGCGCGGGACCAUCCUCCAGACGAGAGUCGGUUGUGGGUCAGCGAUUGCAGGUCUCGCCCAGCCUCCUCUCUCCAUACAGCGGCGGAGGUGCAAGUGGAGGUGUGGGAGGGGGUGGAACAGGAGCCAGCCUGCUGAUGCCCUCAUCGGAUGGUUCAACCAUACGCCGCUCCUCCACCUCCGACAUUGUGGCCUGCCGUCGUGGCGGCGGAUCCCAGGACAGUCGCCGGCCCAGCACUUCGGAUCUGCUGCGGCGUGCCAGGGAGAGGCGUGGCAGUGAGGCCCGCAUGGGGCGCAGUGUCUCGCACGGCGGACUGACGCGAGGUGGUGGCUCCUUUGGCGGGGGCCUGGGUGGAAGACGCACCAGCAUGGCCUUCUAAAUGAGAGAAGCGAAGCGAGGCAGGAGAUGAAAUCAGAAGUCGGCUGAUUAAAUGGCGCUUAUGAAUUUUUAUCUAGAGAAAAAAACAUAAAAAAAAUAUCAGCGUGUAAGAAAACAAUUUUUUUUCCGUCGAUCUAUCAUUAUUAUUGUUAUACUUAUAAUUGUUAUUCCUCGAAUGAAGAGAACUCAAGUUAAAAACUUCAAAAUGCGUAUUGUAGAUUAAUGGAUGGCACGACGAAAAGCUGAAACGAACAUUACAUCAAUCUAUCUAUCUAUCUACCUAUCUAUCUACCCCUAUCAGUCAGUCAAUCUACUCCCCGUUUCUGCCGGCACUUUCAUCUAAUGUGCGCACCUUGAUCAUUGAAUCUCUCAAUCCAUCUAUCUGUCUCUCAAUCUAUAUAUUUCUUUGUUUCACUGCUCUACGGCCCCCCGCUCAUAGCAUCGACCCCAAAGUUUUAUGACAAUAUUAGAUCCUAACUAUCGUAAACUAUCGUAUGGCAAAGCAAAGCGAAGCUAGGCAAAGAAUUUCCGCUCUCAAUCUCAAUCGCAAUCUCGUUUCGGUUUUUGAAGAAGGAAGGGAGUGAAGUGGAGUGGAGUAUCGACCCCAUAAUUACCCUAUGUGACAGUCAUAUCAAGCGAAACCCAAAAGCAACCUAAGUGCAUAAGAAAAACAAAAGAAGAGUCCUUUUGAUUAAUCAAUUAGUAAGCUAAAAGAAUCUUUAAGGGAUGGCUGGAUGUUUGGAUGGUUGGCCGGAUGAUGCCUCAUUGCACGAUUGAUAACAAUUUCAGCUAAUAAAAAAAUUCAACUAAUAACAAAAAAACAAAUACAACUAACACAAUGAACAAUUCAAAUCAAAUCUUAUUAUAUAGAGAACAUUAAUAUUAUGAAAUUAUAAUUAUGAUGUAGUUAAAGGAGCAGCAGCAGCAACAUUCAAGCAAGAACAAAAAUGUUUUUUUUUUUUGUUGAAACAAACCAAAAUAUUAUUAUACAAAAUGCCUUUCAUAGCAGAUGCAACAGAAGCAACAAAGUAUAUAUUUUAAAUAAAUGCAGUAUAUACUAAAUAGAUAUAUAUACACACACACACACACACACACAUGCAUAUGCCUAGGUAUUGUGAGGAAAUGGAAGAGCAGGAAGGCAGCAGCAAAUUGUUAUUGAUUGCAUCCCAAUAUCCCAAUAUCCCAUACAUAGACAUAGCCCCCAAACCGCCCCCCAAAAAAAGCGAAAAACUGAAAUUAUUAUAUAGAAAAGUACAUAUUGUAUGUACAUAUGUAUAUGUAGGAGCCCGAUCCCAUGUAACUAUUUUAUCAUCAUUAUCGAGUACAUAAAGUCUUUCUCACAUACGGACUGUGAUUUCAUGUAAAAGUAAAGUAAAACUAAAUGAAUUAAUUAUAUUAAUGAAGAAUUCAAUAAAUUACAUAUUGUAUAACUUAAGCUAAGUUCAUUAGAGAACAAAUACACACACACACAAACACCACAAACACACACACACACACACUCGUGCAAAUAUUAAGAAAACAAAGAGAACAAAAGCAAAAGCGGAAACUAAAUAGCAAUUUUUCAAAUCGAAUGCCAUUAGACAUACUCGUACAUAUACUCGAAACUCUACUAUACAAUUAAUUAAUCAAAUGCGAUUGCCUUAAUAAUGAAUAAUACCAAACAAAAGUGUGAAAAGAAAAAAAAAAAAAA